UCUGGGCCUUCAUGCGAUUGUUGGGAGCUCCCAUUAGAAGGACCAUUACCCAUGAUCCAGGCCGACAUGACCAGCGAUUUUUCUCCAUCCACCUAUUUCCCUUUCUCCACAGCAUCUUCAGUUCUGGGACAGAACAAGACCCUGAACUCUGGCUCCUCCACAUCUUUCCUGGCGCUGCACUGCCCCCAGCCCACUCCUGGCCCAGCACACCAGCUGCCCAGGGAGCAGACCCUGACCCCUGUUCUGACUGCAGCAUUUCCUCCUAGCUGCCCCCUGGUGCUGUCUGCUCCCCCUGUGACACCUUUGGUGACAUCUGUUGCAGGCCAUGGCUCCAGUGCAGCUGGGACUGUCAACAUCAUUUUGCAAAUUAAUGCAGAACAAGGGCCUCCUCAGGCUCCUCCCAGUCAGGCCUUUGUCCUGAAUCAGGCCCCCAUCAACUGGAGCCCCCUGGGAACCAUCUCUGGAGGUGCCCCUCCCCUCCUCUUGGCAGCUCCUGCUGUGCAGACUGCCAUACCUGCCCCGAAUAUCGGGGUCUCCCAGGUCAUCCAGGGAGGCUGGACCCCAGCUCAGCCUCCUCCAGCUCCACCCCUGGUGGCCCAGAUCACUCCCAUCAUGGCCCCAGUGAUUACUGGGCCACAGCCGCAAGGGGCCUUUGCUGAUGACCAAUUGGACACCUCCCAGGCCAUGGCCUCGCUGGACAGCUCCUCUAACCCCGGGAGUGUUUACAACAACUUCCGACGCUGGCAGCGCUUCAAAACCCUGGCCAGGAAGUACCUGCCCCAGAGUCCUGAUGGCGAGGCUCUGUCCUGCUUCUUCAUCCCAGUGCUCCGGUCCCUGUCCCGACUGAGGCCCACCAUGUCGCUGGAAGAGGGCCUGUCCCGGGCCAUGCAGGAAUGGCAGCGCACAAGCUCCUUUGACCGCAGGAAAUACUAUGACAUGGCGGCCAAGUUCAUGGAGUUCGAGGCUGAGGAGGAGAUGCAGAUUCAGCAGCUGCAGGAGCUGAAUGGCUCCCAGUACCACCUUCCUGUGGCCCCACCAAAGCCUGACCCCCCAGGGCUCCUGAUCCCCGAGGUUGUCCAGGAGCCAGGGUGCAGUGUCCCCAAGAAGGCCUGCCCAGAGGCCACACCCAGCCACCUGUCACCAUCCAGAGCCCCUAAGAGGCCAGACCCCAAGGGGCCAAAGUGGAUCCCACCUGAAGCCGAGCAGGAGUAUGUGAACAUCAUGAAGGGGCUGCUGGGACACAGUGGCCAGUGGGCACAGGACGCCGUCCAGCCCGGACAGGAGGAUGGGGCGUUCCCUGACCUGGGGCUCCUGAGCUACAUGGAAGAGCUGUGCUCCCAGGAGGACUUUAUCACCAAGGUGGAGGCCGUCCUUCACCCCCAAUUCCUGGCAGAACUGCUCUCCCCAAAACCAGGGAUGGAUCUCUUGGCUCUAAUGGAGGAGCUGGAGCAGGAGGACAGGCUCACCCCAGAUCAGCUGGUGGAGAAGCGCCUCAAGGCCUGGAAGGAGGACAAGGGUGAGGAGGCAGUCCCUGGUCCUGGAGCACCUACACUGGGGUCCAGUACUUCUGAGUCUGUGGCCAGACAAGAUGCAGAGAAAGAUGACGAUGGACCCCAGGAGGGGAUCAGCUUGGAGACCCAUCUCCCACAGAAGGUUUCCCAGGACUCUGAGGAACACCGCAGAGGACUUGAUGACAUUCUCUGGCCUAAGGACACUGCUGUCUUCCCAGGGCAUGUGGGGCCACACCCAAUGAGCACUGCUGGGCCAGCCUCUCCUCCCCAGGGACACACACUCUCUGAUCCUUGCCUGGGGACAAGAGGAGCCUCAGAUGGUAUAAGCGUCUCUCCUGUCAGGGGGAUGCACUGGCCAGCAGAUGGGUCCAGCGAGGACGAAGAGCAGCUCCCCAGCCUGGCCUUCUUCAUGGCCUCCCCGCACAGCCUGCUGCCCUGGGUGCCAGCCCUGAGCCCUGCGCCCACCUCGGGCCGUCUCCGUCCUGGAGGUUGCAGGCCCCGGGGAGCAACCAAGGCCCGACCUGCACAGAAAAGAGGCCUGAGCUCAGCUGCCCAUCUGCCUUCCAAGGCAAAGAAGCGAGAUGUCAUUGGAGGUCCCAUCCCUACUAAGAAGAUGAAACUGGGGCCGGAGUUUGGGGUUUCUGUAGGGCAAGCCCUGGCUUUUGGACUCAGAGCAUAG